UCCUUCCCACGCAACAACAACACCUCCACCCGCCCUCUCCCCAACCACACCCACUCCCCUCGCACAUCAAUACCACCGCAUCCUCUCGCGGCAGAUACGCCCUCUCUACUCAACGGCUGCCACCGAUUCACUUCUCCUCCGCCCUCGCGCUCAUCCCACUACACCCCAAACACGACCACGCAACCCCGCGGACGAACCGAGCCCAUCACAGCCUCUGAGGCCUUGAUCAGGGCCGUCCGCUCUUUACACCCAUCCCUGCCCUUCCUCAUACCAAAACAUGGACGACCAGAGCCAAAGUGACGAGCUCUACCCGAUUGCGGUUCUCAUUGAUGAAUUGAAACAUGAUGACGUCCUCCUCCGACUCAAUGCCAUUCGAAGGUUGUCGACCAUUGCCCUCGCUCUUGGACCCGAUCGGACGAGAGAGGAGCUGAUCCCUUUUCUUGAUGAAUCUGUCGAGGACGAAGACGAAGUGCUCACUGCUCUGAGCGACGAGCUGGGGAACUUUGUGGAAUAUGUGGGCGGCAACGAACAUGGCUACGUCCUGCUAUCCCCGCUUGAGAACCUCGCGACCAUUGAGGAGCCUCUGGUGCGGGACAAGGCUGUCGAAUCAUUAAACAAGAUCUGCGCCCAGCUGAAACCCGAACACAUCGAACAAUACUUCAUCCCCCUCGUCGUCCGCCUCUCCAAAGCCGACUGGUUCACAUCCAAAAUCUCCGCCACCGGCCUCUACACCACUCCCUACCCCCGCGUCUCGCAGGCGUCCCAGGAAGGCCUUCGACAGCAGUUUGCGCAGCUCGUGCAUGAUGACACACCCAUGGUGCGGAGGAAAGCGGCGGAAAACCUCGCCAAGUUUGUGCAAAACAUGCCCACUCCGGUGGUCAUUGAUGAGAUGAUUCCCAACUUCCAACAUCUGGCGGCCGACGAUCAGGACAGCGUCCGCUUACUCACCGUCGAAGUGCUCAUUGCCAUUGCCGAGGCCAUCCCGAAAGAUCAGCAAAGCAGCCAUGGUGUCCUGGUGACCUCCCUUCGCAGUUUGUUCGAAGACAAGAGUUGGCGAGUGCGAUACAUGGUGGCGGACCGCUACGAGAAGGUUGCCCUGGCAGUGGACGAGGAGGUGGUGGCAAGAGACUUGGUCCCGGCUUUUGUGAAGCUGCUGAAGGACACUGAGGCGGAGGUCCGGAGUGCCAUUGCGGGGCAAAUACCAGGCUUCUGCAAGUUGGUCGACCAACAAACCCUUCUUCGCGACAUCAUGCCGGCGAUCGAAGAGCUCGUCACCGACUCAUCCCAGCACGUUCGCGCCGCAUUCGGCAACCAAAUCAGCGGCCUCGCCCCGAUUCUUGGCGCACAAGAGACGAUUGAACAUCUGUUGCCGAUGUUCCUGCAAAUGCUCAAAGACGACUUUCCCGACGUCCGUCUGAACAUCAUCUCGAAGUUGGAUCAGGUCAAUGAUGUCAUCGGCGUCGACCUCCUCUCCCAGUCCCUCCUGCCGGCUAUAGUGCAGCUUGCAGAGGACAAACAAUGGCGUGUCCGGCUCGCCAUCAUCCAGUACGUCCCUCUGCUCGCCAGCCAGCUCGGCGUGCAAUUCUUCGACGACAAGCUCAGCGCACUCUGCAUGUCAUGGCUUGGCGACACCGUCUUCUCCAUCCGUGAGGCAAGCACGCAGAACCUGAAGAAGCUCACGGAGGUGUUUGGAGUGGAGUGGGCGCAGAAUGCGAUUGUGCCCAAGGUGGCGGCAAUGGCGGAACACCCCAACUAUCUGUAUCGCAUGACUACAUGCUUUGCGGUCUCGACUCUCGCGCCCGCCCUCUCACUUUCCGUGCUCGCUCGUUCGGUCCUUCCCAUCCUUCAAUCACUCACCUCCGAUCCGAUUCCCAAUAUCCGCUUCAACGUCGCCAAAUCGUAUGCGGUUCUGAUUGACAUCUUCAAACGCCUUCCCGACUCCCCACCCAACGCCACGAUCCUGCAACUCGAGAAGGAUGGAGGGGAGUUCCCCGGCAGUGCAAAGGGAGAGGAGUUGGUGCGGGGGGAAGUGAUGCCGGUGCUGGAGAAGUUGAUGGAGGACGAGGAUGUCGACGUUCGAUUCUUCGCCACCACUGCGGCGCGCCGGUGGACGGAGGGGGUGAUGGAGGACUAGGUGUCGGUUGAUCCCCCGCGUGCUAGACUAUGAGGGGGCCUGCUUUCCUGAAUGAGCACGUAGAAAAAGACUAGAUGAGGACCGGGUGCAGUUGGGCUGUAUGUGUAGCAGAGCAUGCGCUAGC